AUGCUUGAAAUUAUCCUUUUCGGUGUCAUAUGCGCCUACGUCAUCUAUCAGCGCUUCCUGCACCCACUGUCAAGGUACCCCGGACCUCUGUUGGCUUCCCUGAGCAACGUCUGGAAGGCAUACCAUGUCUAUCAAGGAGAUCUCGAGUAUGCAAUCUUGAAGCUUCAUCAAGAGCAUGGAAAGAUCGUGCGCAUUGGGCCCAACCACCUAGACAUCAGCGAUGCCGCCGCCGUCAAAGACAUCUACCUGACGGGAAAGUCAUUCGUGAAGAGCUCCUUCUACGAUGCCUUCACAGCCCUCCGCCCCAACAUCUUCGGCACGCGAGACGAGAACAUCCACGCCGCCCGGAAGAAAGCCCUCACCCCGGGCUUCUCCCUGCAAUCCGUAACGCAGAUGGAGCCGUACAUCGACAGCUGCCUUGCAAAGCUCCUCGCACGCCUCGACGCCGCCGCCGCCACCGGCGAGCCCAUCGACCUCAAAGCCUGGAUCUCCUUCUUCGUCAUCGACGUCCUCGGCGAACUCGCCUUCUCGCGCUCCUUCGACAUGCUGGAACGGGGGCAGACGGAGGCACUGCCCCCGCUUAAGGAACAUGUCUUCCUCGCCAUGCUCACCGGCCAAUUCCCCGCCAUCGUCCCGCUGGUUAACAAAUACCUGCCGUACAUCCCCAUCCCCGCGCUGCAAGCCACGAUCAAAGGCCGCAUGAAGCUCCGCCAGCUCGCAAUCGACCGCAUAACCCACCGCCUCGCCCACCCAGACCCGUCCCGGCGCGACCUCCUCGCCAAACUCAUCGCCUCGUACGAAAGCGGUGACGACGCCGCGGGCAUCGACGUCGUCGACAUCCAAACCGAAGCCUUCGGCUUCAUCAUCGCCGGCUCACACACCACCGCCGCCACCAUCACGCUGCUGUUCUGGCACCUGCUGCACAAUCCGCAGACGCUGGCCAAGCUCGAGGACGAGGUAGCAUCGCUCGAUAGGGGCGGCGGGGAUGGAAGUGUGCCGUACGCCGCGACGACGGCCGCAAAGGCGAAGUACCUUGCUGCUGCUGUGACCGAGACGCUGCGCAUCAACCCGGUCUUCACGAUGCCGCUGAUGCGCGUCGUUCCGGGUGGUGCGGGGACGGUUGUAGCGGGGGCGCGGGUGCCGGGUGGGACGGAUGUGAGUGUGACGAAUCAUGCGUUGCAUCAUGAUCCGGCGGUGUUUGGUGGGGAGUUGGAAAGGUUUGUGCCGGAGAGGUGGUUGGGCGGCAGUGGUGGUGACGGUGUUGGGGGUUUGGUGGUGAGGUUGAGGAGGAGGGAGGUGGAUUGA